AUGCAGGCGUCUGCUUGCUUCUCCUCCAUCUCGUCGCCACUGCUAGUGAUGCCAGUAGUAGUCUUCGUAAUGGCGCCGCUUCUGCUCGGGCUGCUGUCCACGACGCCGAGCCUGGCAUGGGCGGCGCCGGUGUCCCGGACCAUCACCGUGGACUGUCACGGGCGAGGUGACGUCAGGACGGUGCGGUCGGCCUCGGCGGUGGACUCCGUGCCGGACGGCAACCGUGACUGGAUCAAGAUCCAUGUCAUGGUCGGCACCUACUGGGAGAAGGUGAGCAUCCCAAAGCAGAAAGGCUACAUCCUGCUGGAGGGGGACGGCUCGUCGACGACGGACAUCAGCUUCGACGCGCAAGCGCACGCCGGCAUCGACGACAUAAUGGGCCGCCCCAACGUGACGGCGGACGAGCAGUCGCCGACGUUCCAAAGUGCCACCUUCACCGUCCUCGCCGACAACUUGGUCGCCCGGGGCAUUGCCUUCAAGAACACGUACAGGGCGCCGGACGACCAGCUGAGCAAGGAGAACCAGGCGGUGGCGGUGCUGGUCGGCGGCGACAAGAGCGCCUUCUACGCCUGCGAGUUCCACGGCUUCCAGGACACGCUGUGCGACUUCCAGGGACGGCACUACUUCCGCGGCUGCCAGGUCCGGGGCGCCGUUGACUUCGUCUUCGGCUUCUGCCAGUCCAUAUACGAGGACUGCGCGCUCGUGUCCGACAUGCCGCCGGGCCCGCAGACCGGGUGGGUGACCGCGCACGCGCGGGUCGCCGCCGGCAGCCCCGGCGGGCUCGUGUUCAAGGGCGGCGCCGUGCAGGCGGCGGGCGCGGCCCAGGGCCAGGGCCAGACCUACCUCGGCCGCGCGUGGAACGCCUUCGCCGCCGUCGUGUUCUACCGCACGCGCAUGGACGGCGUCGUCGUGCCGCAGGGCUGGCAGGCCUGGAACGCCGCCGGCAACGUGUGGAGCGUCACGUUUGCAGAGGUUGAGUGCACGGGACCAGGGUCGGAGAUGAGCAGAAGAGUUGGCUGGGAGAAGCGUUUGACCGAGGAGGAGGUGCGAAGAUUCGUGGACAUCAGAUUCAUCGACGAUGGCUGGCUGUCAAACCAGCCAUAG